AUGGAAGAAAAUCAGUCCUUACUGGUUGUCUUUUUGGUUUUCGUCAGUUUGGUCGCCUUACUGGUUGCCUGUUUGGUUUUCGUCGGUUUGGUCGCCUCACUGGUUGCCUGUUUUGUUUUCGUCGGUUUGGUCGCCUUACUGGUUGCCUGUUUGGUUUCCGUCGCCUUUUUGGUUGUCUGUUUGAUUUUCGCCGAUUUGGUGACUUUGACUGUCGUGGGAGUAGCCGUAGCGAGUGUAGUAUAUCCAUCGUUGUUCGUUGUCUUCGCUCCUUUCGCCAUAUAA